AUGAAAGCCUACACAUUGGGCAUCACCGCGCUCGCACGGCAGAACCUUUGGCAAGAGGCCUUGCUGCUCUUCGCUGCGGUGCCACAGCCGACCAUCUACAACUACAGCGCCGCCAUCAGCACAUGCGGCAAAGCGAGCUGCUGGCAGAUCGCGCUGUGCCUCUUCCAGGCGGCGCGGCGGAAGCUCGGGCGGGGGGCGCUGGACGUGGUGAGCGCCAGCGGCGCCAUCAGCGCCUGCGCCACGGCGGGUGAGUGGCGCCAGGCGCUGCGACUCCUCAGGUCCCUGCCGUCUCUCCGAGUAGAGCCCAACGUCUACAGCUACAGCGCAACUAUCACGGCCUGCGAGAAGGGCACCCAAUGGAUGCAGGCUCUGGACCUCUUCACCUGCAUGCGGGCUGGGAGGAUUCAAGCCAACGUGCCGCUUCGAUCGGAACGAAAUGUGUGA